UUGGAUUUUUCUUCUGCUCUUUUAUAACACCUCUUUUACUUGUUUGUACAUGGAGAUGGUGGUGAGUUGAAUUCUCCUCCUCUCUUAUUAAAGGCUUUCUUGUUCUUCUCUGCUGCUUCUUGUGGGUCUUCUUCUGCUGUUGGUCCUCCUCCUCCUCCUAUUGCUUUUUUUCCUCCUUGGACUCCUCACCUCUUUAUUAUCCUGGUUUGGUUUUUAUAUUCACCAACCAAUUAUUCUUGCUUUUAUUUUUUGUUAAAAGAUAUUUAGAAGGAACAAUCACACUCCUCCCCUUGUUUUUUUUUUUUAAAAAAAAAAAUCCAUUUGUUUAUUCUCCUCUGGUAUCUUCUGUGCUUCUUUCACUUCUUUUUUGUUAAAAAAAGAUUUUUUUUUUUUUUUUUUGUGGCCCCCUUCUAGUAGUUCUUGCUUGUUCCUCAUCUGGGUUCUCUUCAAUUUUCCUUUUUUUUUUUAUUUUCCCCUUCUUUCUUUAAUCCAGAAUUUUUGUUUAAUUUCUUUGUUUUAGGCACCUCUUUUUUCCAUCAAAAUUUUGGUUGUUGUUCCAUUUCUCUGUAGUUUUUCCUCCCCCUUUUUUUUGCUUUUUGUUUUUUUUUUUGGCUUUUUUGGCUUUGUGUUUCAAAAUUUGAGCUCUCUCAAGAACCCAUCUUUGUUUUGUUGGUGCCCUUUAAUUUUUUUUUUUCUUCACUCUUUUAUUUAAAAAAAAGAAAAAGAAGAAGAAGCAAAUGAAAGCAAUUGAGUGGCACAAUUAAGCCAAUUUUGUAGCUCAAUUUUGGAGGCAUGGGGUGUUUCAGCUUCAGGAAGAAGCAGAAGAGCAGGCAAGAGAACAAGAGUGGGCCGACAGCUGCGAAUACGCCGGCUCCGGCCUCGAACAUUAGCACGAGCCGGUCCGACGAUUCGGGCGCCGGCCAGCCGACGAGCAAGUCCUCGGCAUCUAAUUCGUCGCAGCGAAGCAUACCGGCUUUGUACGAAGAGAGGGCUCAGAGGCUCCGCGCUUUCGAGCUCGACGAGCUCAGAAAUGCUACCAAUGACUUCAGUAGGAUGCUUAAGAUCGGAGAAGGCGGUUUCGGGAGUGUUUACAAAGGUUUCAUUCGUCCCCCCGAUGGUAAGGGGGAUAGGAUCGCAGUUGCGGUAAAGCAACUCAAUCAACGCGGUUUGCAGGGCCAUAAGCAGUGGUUGGCAGAAGUUCAGUUUCUUGCGGUAGUUGAGCACCCAAAUCUCGUGAAGCUUAUUGGAUACUGUUCUGUCGACGGUGAAAGAGGGAUCCAAAGGUUGCUGGUUUAUGAGUACAUGCCAAAUAGGAGCUUGGAAGAUCAUUUGUUCAACCGGAAUUAUGCACCUCUUUCUUGGAAUUUGAGGCUACAGAUCAUCUUAGGCGCCGCAGAAGGAUUGGCGUAUCUGCAUGAAGGUUUAGAAGUUCAGGUUAUAUAUCGUGAUUUUAAAGCAUCCAAUGUUUUGCUAGACAAGGAGUUUAAGCCAAAGUUGUCCGACUUUGGCCUUGCGAGGGAGGGACCGACAGAAGGAAAUACACAUGUAUCUACAGCGGUGGUAGGGACUUAUGGAUAUGCGGCCCCCGACUACAUCGAGACCGGACAUCUCACUACGAAGAGUGACGUGUGGAGCUUCGGUGUGGUUCUCUAUGAAAUCCUCACGGGCAGGCGCUCGUUGGAGAGAAACCGCCCGACAGGCGAGCAGAAGCUUCUAGAGUGGGUGAGGCAAUAUCCUGCUGAUGGCAGGAGUUUCUUCAUGAUACUGGACCCAAGGCUGAGACAUCAGUACUCUCUUAAAGCCGCAAGGGAAAUAGCGAAGCUCGCAGAUAGGUGCCUUGUCAAGAACGCCAAAGAACGGCCGAAGAUGAGCGAAGUCGUAGAGGUCUUGAAGCAAGUCGUAGAAAUGGAGCCGACGGAAGCGAACUCUUCUAGGGGUGAUUUGGGUAAGGGGAAGAGAACCGAGACGGCGCAUCCGAGGAGGUGAAACCUUUAUAACAGUCGAAGUUUCUUUCUUUUUUCUUUCCCCCCCCCCCCUAAGUGCAAUAAGAUGAAAAUAUGUUUUUGAUUUCUUUCUAUCUUUCUUUCUUUCUUUUUGGUUGACGACAGUAUAGCUUUACUGUUCUUAUUUCUCAAGAUUCGGAAAGUUAAAGAGUAUGAUUGUUCUUGUAAGUUUUCAUAGAGUCCGCGGUACUGGAUGAUGGUUACUUUUAAAAUCAAGGCUAUUAUGCUUAUUGAUGUGCCA